GUUCUCAAAGUGAGGAAUGAAUUAUUGUCUCUUUCUGAAGUGAACUCGCUUUGGCUGCUGCAGCAUUUGGUGAAUUGGAGCUACCAGGGGCUGUGGAGUUUGGGGAUGGGGCAGUCACUUGGUGCUCUUCCAGCCCGGAAUCACUGCUCCAAAACAUAUAGAGACCUCUGCCUGUUAAUUUGCAAUGUAAAAUCCUUCUGGAAAGCACAUGCCUGACCUUUCAUUUGUCUCAAAUGGUGGUCCUGGCAAUAAUUUUUCUCACCAAUAUUGUUGAAGAGGUGAACUCUGGGUUGAUCAGGGAAGAUAUUUUAAAGAAUCUGGGGAGAAUUAGGAGAUAUUUAUCUCCUUUGUGCUGAUUUCUGAAGUUUUCUUCUUCCCUAGAAGCUGUAGAAAAUGCUGUCACUCAGAGAAGCCCACCAGGGGCUGUCCCCUCCUGUUCUGUGACCCGCAGCCAGCAGAUGAUGGGGACACGAUUCACUUUUCGGAGCUCCCCCGAGCAGGAGGGGGAGCAGUGAGGGUGGCAGGAGGUUGCAGGAUGGACUGGGGAAAGCAGUGAGAAAAUCAGGCUGCGUACCCUUCUGCCUUGAUGUAUAGGGGGAUAUAUAUGAGCUUUGGCCAAUUGGUGCCGGGGGAAGGACCCAAACUCACCAUAGGUGUAUUGGCAACGUGGCUAUAACCAACCUAGGAUCAAAAGUGGGGGGGUAAAGACAGUGAUGAGAAAAAAAUGCAGACUAGAGCUCUUAAUGCUUGUCAUGGCAGCCAGAGGUAUCUGUGCAGGCUCUCUGAAGGCAACUAUGGCUGGAGGUGUAGAAGUAAGAUGAAUCACAUUAAUUGGGGUUGCAAAAUACCUUGAAGAAAUAGCAACUGCUGUCCUGUGAAACAGCAAGGAGGGAUGAUGCCUACAUCUCUCAUGGUGGCUAUUUGAAGCCUUCACUGAUGGAGAUACCCUUUUCAUGCCCGGGAUUGACUCUCUGAGACUCCCCUGAGGAAUAUAUGUAUAUACAGAUAUCUCUCUCUAGAGAGCGAGCAGCAGCAAUUACUUCCAGCACUGCUGUGCCGAUAUCCCUGGGUGCUGGAGGCAUGAAGAGAACCCCCAUGCAGCACAGGGAUGGUUCCAGGUGGGAGUCAGAGCUCUCACCUCUGCUCUUUCCUUUCCCUUACCGAGAUCUGCCAGAGGAGCUGUCAGACGCAUCCCUCCUGAGCAGCGUGGAUGAAGCCAAGCAGCUGGUGGAUGCAGCCUACAAGCACACGCGCGACCGCAUAAAGGAGCACCUGCAGAACGAUGCAUUGGCCCCAGUAAAGCUUCUGGGAUAUUUCAAACAGCCAGUGGCAGGGACUCGGGCUGCUGUUCGGGCUGCAGAUUACAUGGAAACCACACUGACCCUCCUCAAAGAGAAGCUGCAAUGGGCUGUGAUGGGGGACUUCAAUGUCACAGACUUGCUGACGCCGGCUCAGCUGGAGAUGAUUUUCAAGGCAAGUGGUUGUGACCAGCAGGAUAAGAAAAUAAAUUGUGGCGCUUCUUGCCGCUACCGAACGAUCACUGGCGAGUGCAACAACAGGAGAAACCCAUCACUAGGAGCUUCAAACAGAGCCCUGGUCAGAUGGUUGCCAGCAGAAUAUGAGGAUGGCGUGUCAGUCCCCCACGGGUGGACAGAAGGAAAGCGUUUCUCUGGAUUCCCCUUUCCACUGGUUCGAAAAGUGUCAAACGAGAUUGUCCGCUUCCCCCCCGAGCAGCUCAGGAUGGACCAGCAGAGAUCACUCAUGUUCAUGCAGUGGGGCCAGUUUAUUGACCAUGACCUGGAUUUCAGUCCAGACACCCCAGCCAGAGUCACCUUCAGUGGCAAGGUGGACUGUGACACCAGCUGUGCCAAGCAGCCCCCUUGCUUUCCCAUCAAGAUCCCACCCAAUGACCCACGAAUUAAAAACACGAGAGAUUGCCUUCCUUUCUUCCGCUCAGCUCCUGCUUGUACCAGCGGCAGAGCAAUUCGAGAUCAGAUCAACGCGCUCACCUCCUUUCUUGAUGGCAGCAUGGUGUACGGCAGUGAAGUGCCUUUGGCCAACAAACUGAGGGAUCAAACCAACCAGCUGGGCUUGCUGGCUGUUAACCAGAAUUUCACUGAUAAGGGGAAGGCAUAUAUGCCCUUUAACAACAUGCAGAAGAGCCCCUGUCUUACAGUCAGCAGGGAAGCUAAAAUCCCUUGCUUUCUUGCAGGUGAUUCUCGAGCAAACGAGAUGCUGGAGCUGGCAUGCAUGCACACACUCUUUUUGCGGGAGCACAACCGCCUGGCUAGAGGGCUGAAGAGACUAAAUCCCCACUGGAAUGGAGAAAAGCUCUACCAGGAGGCACGAAAGAUCCUGGGUGCCAUGAUCCAGAUUAUAACCUACAGGGACUACCUGCCUCUUCUGUUGGGAACCAGUUUCCGGAGAUUGAUUCCUCGCUACCGGGGCUACAAUGAGUCUGUGGAUCCUCGAAUAUCCAAUGUCUUCACCCUGGCUUUUCGUUUUGCUCAUGCUUCAGUUCCCCCAACUGUUGACCGCUUAAAUCAAAAUUACAAGUCCAUAGGUCCCAAAAUUCAACUCAGAAAUGCCUUCUUUGCUGUCUGGAGGAUUGUUAAAGAAGGUGGUAUUGACCCCUUUCUCCGGAGCCUGAUGGCUAAUCAGGCCAAGCUGAUGACACAGCAGCAAAUGGUUGUGGAUGAGCUCCGGGAUCGGAUGUUUGAGCAGAUCGAAAGGAUUGGGUUUGAUUUACCUGCGCUCAACAUGCAACGUAGCAGAGAUCAUGGCCUCCCGGGUUAUAACUCCUGGAGACAAUUCUGUGGGCUCUCACAACCUUCCGGAUUGAAGACACUUGCUCGAGUGUUGAGGAAUCAUGGUUUGGCAAAGAAGUUCAUACAGCUGUAUGGGACACCAAAGAAUAUUGACAUUUGGAUUGGGGCCCUUGCAGAGCCCUUUGUGAAUGGAGGCAGAGUUGGGCCUCUCAUGGCUUGCCUUAUUGGCACCCAGUUCAGGAACAUUCGUGAUGGGGACAGGUUUUGGUGGGAGAGCGGAGGGGUUUUCACUCCUUGGCAGCGCUCUUCACUGGCCAAAAUCUCCUUGUCACGAAUAAUAUGUGACAACACCCACAUCUCUAAAGUACCAAGACAUAUCUUCCAGGUUAACAGAUACCCUUGUGGCUUUGUGAGCUGCAGCCAGAUCCCAAAGCUGGACCUCAGAGCCUGGAAGUCGAAGAGGACUGAGGAAGUUACAGAGCAAGAAGAAGCAUCUGGUGACUUUUAAUGCUGAACAUUGAGGAUUCCCCAGAAGUCCAGAUUUGGGAAGCUGCUGAGGUGGAUUAUUAUUUUUUACUGUGUUUAUGCUUUUACUGCCUGAAAUGUUUGGACAUGGUUGCUGUCAUUUGCUCAAUUUAGUUUGCAUGAAGCGUUUUCCGUGAGAUGGAGUCCAGCAAUAAAAGAACUUCAUGAAAAGAGGUCCCAGAUCUGUGCAAAUCACUCAAUAUCACAAAGCAAAGCAAAAUGAGUUAUCCAGACGCUGACUCCCAAUCAAACCAGCUGCUGGCUUUGGCAUUUUCACGUACUCUGUGUUUCAGUAAGCUUUACUGUCAAAAACAUGUUUUGGACCCUCCUUUCAAAGUUUCCAACUUACAUAGAAAGAGAUUGGGGCACUGGAAUGACUGCUUAUUCUUGCUUUCCAUUUUUUUUGUUGUUUAAAAAAAGCACAUCCUUCAGUUUCCAGAGAAAAUCUACUGAUUUCACGGUGCCUUUGAGUGAAGCAGAAAUACCUGUCAUGCACCCCAAAUAGACUUGUUUAAAAUGCCCUGUUUCAGGUUUUGCUUGAAUAUGGAAUGAAGAAAUUGUCCACAUGGAAGAAAGCUGUUUUCUCAUUGUUUUUUGCCCUUAGUCCAGAAUGCCUAAGGUGUCAUCUAGUGUGACAGAAAUCUGUGACAAGUUAUUCCUGCAGCCUGGUGUGAGCCAGAGUGACUUACCCCUGGGCCGUGGAGCUGAUGGGAUGUGUCCUGGCAAAGAUAAGAACAGUCUUAAUGUACAAGAAAGUAAAAGCUAAACUAGUUUUACUCCAAUGUUGUCCCCUCAAUAUCUUUUCUUGAAAGGGAUCAAAACCGCUUUCUCCUUCCUCUGUAGUCUGCUAUGUUACUGUUAUCGAUCAAUAAAUUGCAAUUUUGAGGU